CCACAUCAAACAAGGGCUAUCUCUCUCUCUCAGUCAAUUGUUCUGCUAGUUUCUAGUUGUCAGGUCAGGCCAAUUAGUGCAUGCUAGAUUGUUUUCUCCUCUGUAUUAUUUUACAGUAGUACUGAAUCCCUCACUUCCUGCCGCUGACGUUGGUCGACGAGAUGGGUAGGUUCGCCGUCGCCCUUAUCUUAGUUCUUGCCUGCGUUGCCACCCCGCGCGCUUCAGGGAUCGCAUGGAACGAUGGCAGGUACCAGGCGGACUUGGACAGCGGGCGAGUGACUUACACCUCGUGCGACACAGACCAGCUGUGCAUUAGGAACUGCUCCACAGAUAACCCCACGCGCUAUUACAUGGGCCAGUACUCGCUCGCGUUUUUGCGCUGCACAACGGCGACGGCGACUGACAACAAAAAGGCAGGGCUUCCCUACUGCGCGGGCAACGCCGUUCAGGUGGAGCAGUGCUGCGCGGAGUGCACCAACAACAACACGUGCUCCUACUGGCAGCACUUCAAGCCCGCCGCCUCCGCCUGCUCCGGCUGCGGUAUCUGCAUUCUCUACCCCCCGGGCUACGCUCCCGGCUGCGUCACAAACCAGAUCACUCUGCAGCUCGCCGACGGCACGGAGUAUCAGCGCAACCUCGCCAAUAUCAGUACCGUCGGCCACCCCUGCGGCGAGGGUGAGAACGACCCGCAUUUCCGCGGCGCGCACGGCACGCGCUUCGAGUUCAAUGGUCUUCCCGAGCAGUCGUUCUGCCUGCUCACGGACCGCAACCUGCACGUGAACAUGCGCAUGCGCGGGUACUAUGACACGCGCACCACUGGCGCCUCCAUUCUCAAGAACGGCAAGGCGGUGCGCACGUGGAUCCGCGAGCUGGGAUUCCUGUGGACCGACGCCGCCGGCAAGAAGCACUCAUUCCGCCUGCUGGCGCGUGACGGCAAGAAGACGGCGCGCGGCAAGGGCUUCCUGAAGGAGAUCGAGUACGACGGGCACGUGCUGCCGCUGCUGAAGCUCGGCGAGAAGUACUCGCUCAAGGGCGGCCUCACAUUUGCGUUCGAGGCGUACGAGAAGGCCGGGCGGGGCUUCUUCGACGUGGACGCGUACCACCUCAAAAUCGAGGGGCUCAUCGAGAUGGGCAUCAAGCUCCGCGUGGCGCACCCGCUGCUGCAGACCAAGGACGACGCGGAGGCGCACUUGAACGUGCACUUCGAGCAUAUCUACAGGACCGACGACAUCCACGGCAUCAUGGGGCAGACGUACCGCGACGGCCGCGAGAAGCGCGCGCUCGACUACAACACACUGUCGCAGGUGAUCGGGCGACCCAUCGCCGCUGACGGGCCGAGCGGUGCUGGUUUCCUGGACGGCAAUGUGAAGGACUACCGCACGUCGGGUGUGCUGUCGCCUGACUGCCUCUACACCGCGUACGACGGCCACGACAUGCCGACUAUCGCGUCGUACAAGGGCAUUCAAAUGGCUUGAUUCAGGUUAAAGCCCUGAGUUUAAGAUGCUUCAGGGUGUGUAAUAUGCGGGGAUAAAAAUAUCGUUCACUUUUACCUCUUCGCUUGUAUUCAAUAGGUUUCUCAAACCUGGUGCAUUGGAUUCCAUUUCUUACAAUUAAUGAUCUUUGUUCAUCUUGGGAGAAGUGUUCUUGUACGCUUCAGAAGGCUGUGAGGCUGUGAGGGGCCACAGAAGCAUUCUGCCUCAGCACACACUAGAACUGUGGCACGUUCCACUGAAGUAGUUUGUCUCAAAAGCUUGCUGCAUCUGUGUAUCAUUUAGUAGUCCAUUGACAA